CUAGUCGUGGCAGCCGCCAUAAUAGUAGAUGCAAAUGCUAAAUGCUGGGAAAAAAAUUAAGGAAAUAAAGUCUGCGAAAUUUCCCGACGCUGUCCAUACUUUCGUGACACGCUCUUACUAUCCCACCUCCCAACCUUGAACCACAACCCUCGACCAACUUCCUCCCCUCGGAAUAGGGCCAAUUGGCAACCGAUCGCCAAACCGUGCAUCGCUAAUUGAUUGCUUGCUCUCUCUCAAUAGCGUUCGCGCCAUAAACCGGCCCAAUGUCUACUACUACUUCGGGAGUCAACGUGCUCCGGUACUCGGCUCUUGCCUUGGGUGUUUUCUACGGGUUCACGCACCAGAGAUCAAUCAGCGCAGCGCAAAGGGCCACCGCGGCACAGAAGGAAUAUGAACACAAGCAACACUUAAUAGAGCAAGCCAAGGCCGAAUAUGCAAAGUCUAAGAACCCAGCUCUCCAAACAGCCGAGAAAAGCGCUUUGGACCAAGAUCCUAUGGACCCCAAAUUCGAUCUAGAAGCUUACUUCAACGCCCUUGCGAAGCAAAAUCCCUAGGGAUGUAAUAAUAAUAUUGGAUCAACUACGUGCGGAUUACAAUAGAGUCUGUGGACAGAGAGGGCUGGGUUUGAGCACGAUGCCGAAAGUCGUAUCAAGGCCCGUUCUUCUGACGACGGCUUCGUAGGGCCUGUGUAUAAUUGCGAUGCGGUCCAGAAAAACCACCUCAUAGAUUUCAUUGGGUUUCACGCUGUACAUGUGUACAAUACCAAGACUUAUGCUCACCUAGACAAUUGGGAAGGCCGGAUCUCGCAUGGCAUUCAUGGAACGGCCUUAACGGUUCAGUUCGGUUCCCUUCAGGCCUUUGAGUGAUUUUCUAUCCUUCUCUGUUGAUGUUUAUAUCUCGCAUGUUUCAUUCACAUUUCCGUGCGUAUAAGAUAAUGGUGAACAGAGAAACACCAGGGGAGAAACUCGCAGCAUUUUCAUGAAGUGUCUCAUGAGUGUAGGCUCGCGAGAAGGGUCUUGGAUGAUAGUUAAGACUGGCUAGGCAGGUAAGUGUGUUAGUAUAUUAACGGCUAGGAGGAUAUGUGGACAUCCUAACAAAGCCUAUUUCAGUACUUAAUUCCGUCAAACUACAUUUACAUGUAUAUGGUAUACCCAGUAUCCUUUAGUAGAGGCAUCUAUCUAGCUACAUAAUCGAAGGAGUUCUAAUAUUCUAUAUGUUGCGGUACGUAAUAGCAGUAUAUGGCUCAGUGCUACGGAUU